AACAUAGCAAAUAAAAAAUAGUUCAGAGUACGGUAUUACUUGAGUAUGAACCUAAGUCAGUAGUUUUUUUCAUCAUGAAAUUCCUCAAACUGAUAUCUCUUUUGUCAGUCUUGUAUUUUAUAUUUCUCUUGUCGAUUUGCGCUUGUUGGGACCUUUCAAGUUACGGAGUGAAUAAUAAAAAUUAUUAUAUAUCAAGUGUUGCAGUUUACCGAACGAGGGCAUUUUUAGCAUUGCCCAGAAGUAUGUGCUACAACGCUUUUAGUGGACCAACAUUGGUAGAAACAAACUGGAUUGAAGAACUCCUCCAUACUCCUAUUAUCAAAGGCGGAAGACACCAAAUUUUGAACUAUCAGAAAUGGGGAGAAUGUGAACACAUCCAAGAUGCAGUGUCAUUGGACAUAGAACACAAGGUUCACAAGUUAUGGAUUCUCGAUAGGGGAAACGAGCUGUGCCUCCCAAAAAUAGCUUCCUUCAGUUUAUUCUACAACUCCAUAUCCGAAGUAUCCCAGUUGACAAAUAUCAUUGGUGGAAAGUUGAAUAUACUCACUAUCGAUCCAGUAGUGGGAAAAAGCGGACAAAGAGCAUAUGUGGGAAAUGCAGGAGAAAAUUCGCUGCUGGUAUUCUCAUUGGAGAAAUUAGUAUGGUGGAGAUUAGAAUUACUGGAACUGGCUAAUCCACUGAGUUCAAUCAAUGCUGAUUUUCUAGCGAUAUCCAAAACUGGACCAGAACUGUUCAUUGCUAGUGAAAAUGAUUUAGAAUUGUUCGCUUUAGAUCUCCACAAUUUGAGGACUUUGGAAGAACCUUCAAUAAUUGACAAGAAGAAUACACGAAAAGAAAAUGUUACAUUGAUCGGAAAAAAAUUAGGAAAAUCCAGAGGACUUGAAGCUGAUUUCAAAUCAGGACUAAGUUACUUCAUGAUGAGGGAUUACGCUAUUGUACGUUGGUUAAUUGGUUCUCCAAUUGAAGCUGAAUAUCACAAUGUCCUUGCACAGUCGUAUGAGAAGUUUCCGUUUGUUUCGGAACUUUUUACAGGUCCUCAGAACGGUCUUUGGGCUAUCGUCAAUCCAGCAGGCCAAGACGGUUGUUCCAACUUCAAUGAAACAAUGGAAAACCUGCCAGAGCUACAGAGCAGGGUGGUUCGAAUUCUACGAUAUAAUAAAUUUGUGAGAGAUCUUGAAGUGGAUCGAAAAUAAAAAAGGUUUUUGUCAAGACA